CACCCUGAACCAGGAGCAGCAGGAGGAGCAGCAGCAGGAGGAGGAGGAGGAAGGAUGCAGAUGAAGAGCAGCAUCCAUCCUCCCUCUGCCUCCCUGAUCUCAGCGCCUUGCAGGAAGAUGAGUAACCGUCUGUAAUCUGAGCCGCCAUGCCUGGAGGAGAACCCUCCUCCCCUCCUGCAUCUCCAUCCUACAGGACGCGUGGAGCGCGCGUGCGUCACGCCUGUUCCUCUGCAGAUGAGGCUCCAGAUUCGGAGCGUCCGUGAAGCUGCUGAGUCUCCUGUGCGGCCUGCAUCCCCGCAGCUUCAUCUGUGAGGUAACGCUACCCCCCCCCCCACCCCCGCAUGAACCUCUGUCAGACGCCUUUCCGUCCUCGCUGCGCCGCAGACGCGGUUCCCUGAUGCGGCGCGCUGAUGCGGCGCGCCUGGAUGCCCGCCUUCCUCGCCGCCUCCCGGUCUCUCGCUGAGGCUGUGAUCCGGGGAAGCGGCUGCCCGCGGCGCGGCAGGAUGGUGCGCAUCGCCAGCGCGCUGGGGCUCAUCAUCUUCAGCCUGGCGCUGCUCAUCCUGUCGCUCAUCAGCUACGUUUCCAUCAAGAAGGACUUCCUGCCCGGCUCCGCCAGAUACGGACCCAACGGGGGGCCCAGGAUGUACAUGUUCCACACGGGGUUCCGCGAGAGGCCACCUCGAAAACCUGACCUGAGCUCCCAGCUGGCCAUGAAGUAUCUGGAUCCAGACUUCACUCCUCUGACCAACGCUCUGAACGAAGACCUGCAGAACUCCUCCAAAUGGAGAUACAACAGCAGCGCUUUCACGCAACUCAGGACGGAGAUUUCUCAGUACAUCGACAUCCCCCGUAACUUCACGCUGACCCGAGACUCCGUCAGAGUCGGACAGCUGAUGCACUUCGACUACUCCAGCCACAAGUACGUCUACUCCAUCGGCGAGAACUUCCGAUCGCUCCUCCCAGAGGUCUCCCCCAUCCUAAACAAGCAGUACAACGUCUGCGCCGUGGUGGGAAACAGCGGCAUCCUCACCGGCUCGCGCUGCGGCGCCCAGAUAGAGAAAUAUGACUUUGUUUUCCGAUGCAACUUUGCUCCAACAGAGAUUUUUAAGAAGGACGUUGGGCGUCGGACCAACAUGACAACCUUUAACCCCAGCAUCCUGGAGAAAUACUACAACAACCUGCUGACUGUUCAGGACAGGAACAACUUCUUCCUGAGCCUGAAGAAGCUGGACAGAGCCAUCCUCUGGAUCCCAGCGUUUUUCUUCCAUACAUCAGCCACGGUGACCAGGACGCUGGUCGACUUCUUCGUGGAACAUCGGGGCCAGCUGAAGGUCCAGUUGGCUUGGCCUGGAAACAUCAUGCAAUACAUCAACAAUUACUGGAAAACCAAGCAGUUGUCUCCGAAGCGCCUGAGCACUGGGAUCCUGAUGUACACGCUGGCAUCGUCCAUGUGCGAUCAAAUUCAUCUGUACGGAUUCUGGCCCUUCGGCUGGGAUCCCAACACUGGGAAGGAGCUACCGUACCACUACUACGACAAGAAGGGCACCAAGUUCACCACCAAAUGGCAGGAGUCCCAUCAGCUGCCGGCUGAGUUCAAACUCCUCUACAAGAUGCACACAGAGGGACUGCUGAAGCUCAGUCUCUCUCACUGCGCUUAGGGCUACAACUAAAGCGCUAAUUCAACUGCUAACCAGCACAUCCAACAGCUACGCUACAGGAAAUGAUUAAAUUACCGGACCUGAGAAAAUCUAAAUCAGGAGUUUAAGUCAAGGGUUCAGCUCUACGGAUGAAUCCAAUC